GGAGCAAAAUUUCCAAGAUUUAAAUUCCCAUGAUUAAACUCCUCUCAAGAAUAAGCAACUGCAAGUCAGUGAACCGUUAUCCCCACGCAACGCUCCCCAAAACCCUACUCCCGCUUGCGGCUUGCACGCCACCGGCGCCCUCUGUCUUUUUCGCCAAUCAGGCCGGCGGAUCAAUGGAUUCGCAAGAGCUGACCCCGGAAGCGCUCGAAAAGAAGAAGAAGAAAGAAGAAAAGGCUAGAGAGAAGGAGUUGAAGAAACUAAAAGCUGCUCAAAAAGCAGAAGCAGCUAAGCUUCAGGCACAAAAGGCUUCCAGCGCGCCAGAGUCAGGGAAGAAAAAGAAUACAAAAAAAGAAGCUGGAGGGGAGAAUCCAGAGGAUUACAAUGACCCUGAAACACCUACUGGUGAGAAGAAAAGACUCUCCCGUCAAAUGGCAAAGACUUAUAAGCCCAGUGCUGUUGAGAAAUCGUGGUAUGAAUGGUGGGAAAAGUCUACUUUUUUUGAGGCAGAUGCAGACAGCUCCAAACCACCAUUUGUCAUAGUUCUUCCACCACCUAACGUUACUGGAGCGCUACAUAUUGGCCAUGCCCUCACUGCUGCCAUCCAGGAUACAAUUAUUCGCUGGAGACGAAUGUCUGGAUACAACACCUUGUGGGUACCUGGCAUGGACCAUGCUGGAAUUGCUACCCAGGUUGUUGUGGAGAAGAAAAUUAUGAGAGAAAAGAAAUUAACAAGGCAUGAUGUUGGCCGUGAUGGAUUUAUAGCCGAAGUCUGGAAAUGGAAGAAUGAGUAUGGGGGUACUAUACUAAAACAACUUCGUCGCUUGGGUGCAUCUCUGGAUUGGUCUCGUGAGUGCUUUACCAUGGACGACAAGAGAUCAAAAGCUGUGACUGAGGCUUUUGUAAGACUCUACAGGGAGGGAGUUAUCUAUAGAGAUCUACGGCUAGUGAACUGGGAUUGUGUCUUGCGGACUGCAAUAUCUGAUAUUGAGGUGGAAUAUAUAGAAAUUAAAGAGAGGACGCCAUUACGAGUUCCUGGAUAUGAGAAACCUGUGGAGUUUGGGGUGUUGACUUCAUUUGCUUAUCCCUUGGAAGGAGGGUUAGGUGAAAUUAUUGUUGCGACUACUCGAGUAGAAACAAUGUUGGGUGAUACCGCAAUCGCUAUACACCCGGAUGACCCAAGAUACAGUCAUCUUCAUGGGAAAUUUGCUAUUCAUCCUUUCAAUGGAAGGAAGCUUCCUAUAGUUUGUGAUGCAGUGCUCGUGGAUAUGAAUUUUGGGACUGGUGCUGUUAAGAUAACUCCAGCCCAUGAUCCGAAUGAUUUUGAGGUCGGAAAGCGUCAUAAUCUUGAGUUUAUCAACAUUUUCACUGAUGAUGGAAACAUAAAUAGCAAUGGUGGUCCAGAGUUUGCAGGGAUGCCUCGCUUUAAGGCUCGUGUUGCUGUGACCGAAGCAUUAAAGGAAAAGGGACUUUAUAGGGGUGAUAAAAAUAAUGAGAUGCGCCUCGGCAUUUGUUCAAGAAGCAAUGAUGUAGUGGAGCCCCUAAUAAAGCCCCAAUGGUAUGUUAAUUGUAAAAGCAUGGCACAACAAGGUCUUGAUGCUGUCAUGGAUGAUGCAAAUCCAAAGAUUGAGAUCAUCCCAAAACAAUAUGUUGCUGAAUGGAAGAGGUGGCUUGAGAACAUUCGGGACUGGUGCAUUUCAAGACAACUUUGGUGGGCUGGACGAUGAUGAUCUCAAGGAACUUGGUGCAUACAAUAACCAUUGGGUGGUCGCCAGGAAUGAGGAAGAGGCUAAGGAUGAAGCUAACAGAAUCUUUGCUGGAAAGAAGUUCCAGCUUUUCCAAGAUCCAGAUGUUUUGGAUACCUGGUUUUCCUCUGGUCUUUUUCCAUUGUCUGUAUUAGGGUGGCCAGAUGAGACGAAGGAUCUUAGAGCAUUUUAUCCAACAUCUGUGCUUGAAACUGGCCACGAUAUCCUCUUUUUCUGGGUUGCUCGUAUGGUGAUGUUGGGAAUGAAGCUUGGAGGUGAUGUACCAUUUAGAAAGGUUUACUUGCACCCUAUGAUUCGUGAUGCACAUGGUCGCAAAAUGUCCAAGUCAUUAGGAAAUGUUAUUGAUCCUCUUGAAGUAAUAAAUGGAAUAACAUUGAAAGAUCUUCACAAAAGGCUGGAGGAGGGUAAUUUGGAUCCCAAGGAAUUGAAAACUGCAAAAGAGGGUCAGGCAAAGGACUUCCCUGACGGAAUUCCUGAAUGUGGUGCAGAUGCUCUGCGUUUUGCUCUUGUAUCAUAUACAGCUCAGUCGGACAAAAUAAAUCUGGACAUCCAGAGGGUGGUUGGAUAUCGUCAAUGGUGUAACAAGUUAUGGAAUGCUAUACGGUUUGCUAUGAGUAAACUUGGAGAUGAUUACAUCCCUCCAGCAGCAAUUGUUCCAGAUACCAUGCCUUUCAGCUGCAAGUGGAUACUCUCUGUUCUGAACAAAGCUAUAUCAAAAACAGUGCUUUGUUUGGAUUCCUAUGAAUUCUCUGAUGCUGCAACAGCUGUAUACUCGUGGUGGCAGUUUCAAUUGUGUGAUGUGUUUAUUGAAGUAAUCAAGCCUUAUUUUGCUGGUAAUGAUCCAACAUUUGCAGCUGAAAGAAGAUAUGCACAGGAUACCUUGUGGCUGUGUUUGGAUAAUGGGUUGCGGCUACUUCAUCCUUUUAUGCCAUUUGUCACAGAAGAACUAUGGCAGCGACUUCCUUCCAACAAAGAUUCUGUGAGGAAAGAGUCAAUUGUGAUUUCCGGAUAUCCAUCAACCGUUGAGUGUUGGACUAAUGAUGCUGUGGAGUUGGAGAUGGAUACGAUUGAGUCAGUUGUGAAAUCACUGAGGUCCCUGCGGUCUCAGUUGGCACCAAAUGAGAGAUUUGAAAGGCGGGCAGCUUUUGUUCGUUGCCGCACAAAUGAUGCAUGCCAUAUCAUCAAGAAGCAUGAACUGGAGAUUUCCACUCUUGCCACAUUAUCAUCUCUGGAUGUUUUAAGCGAGGCUGAUGAUGCUCCAGUCGGUUGUAUAGUGGAUGUUGUAAAUGAAGCUCUUUCAGUCUACCUCAAACUCAAAGGGAACAUCAAUGUGGAAGCUGAACUUGAAAAAUUAAAAAAGAAGAUGGAGGAGAUAGAAAAGCAAUGCGAUGGCAUGAGGAAGAAGACGAGCGCCCCUGGCUACCAGGAAAAAGUUCCAGUCCAUAUCCGUGAAGCAGAUGAGGCCAAACUGGCAUCACUGUUGCAAGAAUUAUUGUCAUUCAAGGAAGCUAGCGAGCAUCUGGAACGUGAAAAUUCGGUAUUGUGAAAUCAAUAGCCCCUAUGGACGGUACACCAUUUUUAAGUUAUUGGCUUUCGGACCUUCAAUUUUUGGAGAGCCCCCCAAAUUGAAGCCUUAAAUUCAACAUAGCUUUCCAGUUCAUCCGUGACGAGUACGGAUCUCCUAUUUUUCAAUUAUCACCAGAAUGUAACAACAGAAUCCUUCAAUUCUUUCCUUGUUAACAAAGUCGAUUUUCCCAUCUUCGAUAUCUGAACCAAACGCUGGCAAAAUAUAAGUCAUGUCUGCUGUCUGAAACAGUUAAUUUUAAUUGCUUCUUGUAAUAUCAUGCCGCUGGUACCAAUUCUAA